CACCACACGGGGAAAACUUCCGGGAAAAGACCCCGACGCUGACUCUCCUUACUGAGGGACGUUUUUAUUCUCAUACUUUAGAGCGACCAUAACGAACAAAUUUGGCAAUAAAAGGAAAAAGGCUAUGGAUAUAAAUUUUGACUAGUGAGGUUUUGUUCUGGGUAAUAUUGAAGUGAAAACGAACACUUGAGUGAAAUGGCUUCACUAUCUGCUGCAAGACCAGCCAAUCUGAUGACGUUAGGGUUUUCUUCAAGAGCUUUAAUCCCCACGAUUAACGCUGUUAAACUAUCUACCAGGGUUUCUUCUGCAUCUUCCAGGCUCAGGUUUGAUGGUCUCACAGGAUCACAAAUAAGUCAGAAGCAGGUCAUAGUUUCUGCAACUAACUCUUCAUCUGGUUCUGGCAAUAGAAAGACAAGUAAUGAAGAAGGUGGAAAACUAAGUAGUGGUGCAGAAGGGCCUCCUCUGCUUACAAUUCUGGCAGGAGCCUUGGUCUUUCUGUUUUUCUGUUGGCUUAUUGGAUCCAUUCUAACGUGGCUCAUUAGUCUGAUUGUCAAUGUAGCUUCACCAAAAUAGAGUUUCCUUUGCAUCAUCAAGCUUUAUUUGUAAUUAUCAGUUUCGUUAACGUAGUUGGACAUGACAUGAAAUGUCUUGGAUCCAAUGCAUUUUAACUCUUCCUCUGUGGAUUACACCAUCA